AUGACAACACUUUCUCUAUCCCUGGCACCGCCAGCCCUAGUCCGCCUUCACGACAUUCUGAUAUGCCUCUCCAAGUUUAGCGACACUGUCGCCUUUGAAGCUGAGCAGGACCUACUCCGACUGAGCGCCCUAAAUUCCACUAAGACAGCAUUCGCCUCCUUUGUAUGUGCACGGGAGUCGUUCUUCGAGGCGUACUCGUUCAGCGUGCAAAGGGAUGGUCAAUCCCAGUAUCGGAAUUAUCCAGAUCGGUUCCAUUGCCAAGUUUUACUCAAGGCCCUUCUUUCGAUCUUCCGUGGAAGAGUCGAUCGAAAUAAGGAUACAGCCGUGGAGCGCUGUGAUAUGGAGAUAAAUGAAGACUCCCAGCAAGCGGAGUGUCGUUUGACUGUUAAGAUGUUCUGCGGACUAGGCGUUAUCAAACUGUAUAAGCUUACUUACGAGCCGGCAUCGAUUCAGCAUGCCGUGUUUGAUAGGAGCAAAGCUACCAGCCAGUGGAUUGCGGAUCCGCGGUUUCUCAGACAGAUUAUCGAGCAUUUCAGUUUAUCGGCCGAGCAGCUUGAUAUGUUUUGCAAUGGUGAAAAAGCCGUUUUUACAAGCUUUACAACGAAGAUCAUGGAAGGGAAAGAAAUCCUCAAACAUCCAGUGCAUACUUCAGUGUCAGCCGACAAGAGAGACUUUGAAGACUAUGUAGUCGAGGAUAACAUGCAUAUUGCCAUCAACCUUAAAGAUUUCAAAGCAGUGGUAGCGCAUGCCGAAACGGCAAAUGCCUCCGUCACAGCAAGGUAUACCCGACCUUGCAAACCGCUCCAACUGGCCUAUGAAACUGAGGGUGUGCAUGCCGAGUUCACAAUGAUGACAAGCGGUGAGAUUGAUGGCGAGGGCACGCCAUCUUCGUCACGAAAACCCAUUGCCCAACUCUCUCGACAGACCCCUGCCCCUAUCUCAAUACCGGUGGGUAGAAGUAGGGCGGAGCGCACAGCAACACAAAAUACUCAGAUGCUCCCUCCGCCAUCACGAAAUCGAUCUAUCCGUCCGCUUACUGGUACUUCAACACAAGAAAAUCUUUCUCAAAGGCCAGCGAUGGAUAAACCCCCGGCGCCAGCGUCAGUGGAAUUUGAUAGUCUCUUUGUUCCUGCGGACGGUGAUCAUCAAUGGGACGAAAUGAACGAGGAAGAGCCGCAGGAUAUCCUUGGAUGGGACGCAUCAGGCACCCAGGACAUGUUCACAGAAUCGGUCCGAGAUGAAGAGCUCAGUUACCCGAAGCCCAGUACAACAGCUCAAGAUGAGAUGGGUAUUCCACCGACACAAAACAUGUCGCAGGUUCGUGAUCUUGGUCUCUUCGACUAA